AUGAGCGUUCCGAUUUUUGGGGAUCAAGUUACCGAAGAAAGGGCUGAAAAUGCUCGUAUGAGUGCUUUUGUCGGUGCCAUCGCUGUAGGUGAUUUGGUGAAAACUACUCUAGGACCAAAAGGUAUGGACAAGCUACUUCAAAGUGCAUCUAACAACACUAGCAUGGUAACAAAUGAUGGUGCUACUAUUCUUAAAUCGAUUCCAUUGGACAAUCCCGCCGCUAAAGUUCUUGUGAACAUUAGUAAAGUCCAAGAUGAUGAAGUUGGUGACGGUACUACCAGUGUUACAGUUUUAAGUGCUGAGCUAUUGAGAGAGGCUGAGAAAUUGGUCGAACAAGGAAAAAUCCACCCACAAACCAUUAUUGAAGGUUUCAGAAUUGCAUCUGCGGCUGCUCUAUCAGCAUUGGAGAAGGCCGCUGUGGAUAACUCGAAUAAUAAGGAAGAGUUCUACAACGAUUUGAUCAGCAUUGCAAACACGACACUUUCAUCUAAAAUUUUGUCUCAAGAUAAAGAUCAUUUCUCAAAAUUGGCAACAGAUGCCAUUCUCAGAUUGAAGGGUUCCACCAAUUUGGAACAUAUUCAAAUUAUCAAGAUCAUUGGUGGUAAGCUUUCUGAUUCUUUCUUAGAUGAAGGAUUUAUCUUACCAAAAAGAUUUGGUAGCAACCAGCCAAAGCGCGUGGAAAAUGCUAAAAUUUUGAUUGCCAACACUUCUCUAGAUACUGACAAGGUCAAGAUCUUUGGUACCAAGUUCAAGGUUGAUUCUACGUCUAAGCUUGCAGAAUUAGAGAAAGCUGAACGUGAAAAAAUGAAAAAGAAGAUUGAAAAGAUUGCUAAUUUCAACAUCAACACGUUCAUCAACAGACAGUUGAUAUACGACUACCCUGAACAAAUGUUUACAGAUCUAGGAAUUAACUCCAUUGAACAUGCUGAUUUUGAAGGUGUGGAACGACUAGCACUUGUGACUGGUGGUGAAGUUGUUUCGACAUUUGACAAUCCAGAAAAAUGUAAACUUGGUGAAUGUAAGCUCAUCGAGGAAAUCAUAAUCGGUGAAGAAACUUUCACAAAGUUCAGUGGUUGUAAAUCUGGUGAAGCUUGUACUAUUGUACUAAGAGGUGCAACCGAACAAGUAUUAGACGAAGCUGAAAGAUCUCUACAUGAUGCUUUAUCUGUCCUUUCACAAACAACAAAAGAAACCAGAACUGUUUUGGGUGGUGGUUGUGCCGAAAUGAUUAUGUCAAAAGCUGUUGACACAGUAGGGCAAAAUGUUGAAGGUAAGAAAGCACUUGCUGUAGAAUCUUUUGCAAAAGCCCUAAGACAAUUGCCUACUAUUCUUGCGGACAACGCUGGUUUCGAUAGUAGUGAAUUGAUCACAAAGUUAAGAUCUUCGAUUUACAACGGCAUGAGUACAUCAGGUUUGGAUUUGGAUAACGGCACCAUUGCUGACAUGAGAGAACUAGGGAUCGUGGAAAGUUAUAAAUUGAAAAGAGCUGUAGUAACCUCAGCCAGCGAAGCAGCCGAAGUCCUCUUGAGAGUGGAUAAUAUUAUCAGGGCUAAACCAAGAACAGCCGAUAGACAGCACGGUCAUAUGUAA